CCUACCCUCCGAGUCCUGACACAUUUUGGAGUUCUCAUUUAUUGGUUUUAGAGGCCAUGGCACAGUUCAUCUACCUAUCACUGCUGCUGGCAACUAUCCACCUGCCUUUGGUAAAAGUGACCAUUACAUGUCACUCAGAUGGAAAUGGUAAGGCAGAGUGUGAUUGUUUUCCAUGUAACGGCAACCGCCACCAUGACCCAGUGAUCACCAACCUUAGACAAGACAACGGGACAUACCUCUGCAGUGACUCUCAUCCCCUGGAAGAUCAGUGUCAUAAAAAAGCAAAUGAUUGUACAAAGUUAGAUCUCCAGGUUGACGUUGACGUUGCAAGCCCUGCAACAGAAGAAUGUUGGAACCUCUGUACUCUUGACUCCACCUGCCAAUACAUAAAAUUUUAUUGGAGCGAUAAAAAAUGUUUCCUGAUAUCAUCAAGGUAUAACAUGAUGGCACGACUCAGUACAUACAAUGCCUCAAGGUGGUCCUCUCUCAGGAACUGCAACGUUGGCACAAAUGACUCAGGAGUUUCCUCAAGCAGUGACACCAGUGAUGUAACGGAUGAUGCAGAUACAACUCCAGUGAACCCAUCAACAGAAGGUCUCAAUUUCAUAGAGGAAGAGAAAAGCUGGAUUUAUGCCCUGGAGCACUGCUACGGGAGGACAUCCUCCCUGGUUGAAAUCACCAACAUCACAGUGUGGAACGCAGUGAAGUCUCUCCUGCAAAAUAAGACAGAGUUGCAGAAAGGGGUGUGGAUCGGCCUGGAGCGGUCUAUCUUUGGCAAACCCGACCGCCCCUGGAAGUGGAUUUCAGGGUGUGUAGCUAAGGAUAAUGCACCUCCGUGGAACAGCAGCUUGGUCGACCCCUUAAACAACCACUGUGGGAAGAUCAUCCGGGAUGAAAAGUCAGAAGAACUCAAGUGGGGUGACGGCGACUGCCAUGACAAGCUACCUUUCAUCUGCCAAGGCAAACUCAACUGUUUUCCUUAACGCCCAUUCUGGCAUGAGAUUGUUAUCAAAUUUGGUCUUUUUUCCAUUUCCAUGUUUGAGGAAAGAGCCCCCAACAUAAUCAUGUCACUACUGGAGACCAAGUUAUAUCACCUGAAAACGGUUUCCAGGUUGACAGCAGAAAUGUACCUUUCACUUCUGUCUCUUUAAUGUCCUGGAGGUCCUACAUAAAGACGGCACAGGGUUCUGGAAAACUACAAGUCAUUCCACUAUUCCUUUUGAUAUUAAUUUUCACUGAAUAUUGGUGUUUUGGGCUACUGAUUUCCCUUUCUAAUAACGGACUGGUUUGCUUUCCUUCUCUGUAAAACCAAUAUUAUAAGUAAUGUAAUGCAGGUUCUUGUUCAUAAUCAUUCAUCCAAUAAAAAGCAUGUGUUAACUCA